UGGUGGCUCUGGCUGGUAAGCGUUCGGAUGGUGGAAUGUUAUGGGAGGACAAUGUCACGAAGAAUAAACAUAUUAAUGAAAUUCGGCAGAUUCGUCGAAUUCGGCGAAUAGAGAGAAAAGAAAAAAUACGGCUGAUAGUAGUAAUCAUAGCAAUUAGUGUAAUUCCAGUUAUAAGAUCUCCACCUUGA